CAUUAUGUCUCCAUCACCGGUCUCGUUGAAUUUUCGCCCGCCUUUUGGGAUGUCGUCAAUGCAGAUCUCUGUUAUUCCGUUAUCGACGGAGAAAAAAAAAAGCCAUUGAAAACAAAAGGGUGAAGAUGAAUGAAAGCGUGAAGGUGAUUUCGAGUGAAACAAAGUGAGUGUUAAUUAUUGAGACGUGAUAUAUAAUUAACGAGUGCGUCAGUAUUCUGGGGAACUGAUUGGAGAGUCAUCGAAGAGGCUGGGAGUGGAUGACACAGAAUGAAUAAAUUGGGAUCGGCGAUUUUGGUGACUCUGAGAGGUUAUCACGGUAGAGGAGGAGGCAGACCUCGAGGGCGUAGGCUCAGAGUGGCAAAACCGGUGUUUACUGAGCAGAAACUUUAUCCUGAUGCUAAUGAUAAUGACGAGCCUGAUGAGGAUGACUUUGACGAUGUGGAGAAGGAUGAGUCUGAUUUCAUGAGGGCUAAUCAAACUUACACAGAAUACAUGAGAGAAAAAUAUCAGGAGAAGGAAAAACUGAAAAUGCGAAUAGUUGGGAGGAAAUACUUCAAAUCCGACGACCCAAACUUCCUCACGUGGACCGAGAAAAUGGAGAUUAAAUCACUCCACGCGAAGGAUCCAGUCGAGUGGUCACCCGAGAGGCUCAGUGAAUCCUUCCCAGCGCUUCCAGACACUAUUCGCAGAAUUAUCCGCGCAAACUGGCAACCAAACAACGCUAAAGUUGUCAUCAAGUACGACGAGAAGGUCAUAGACAACUGGAAUAAAUUCAGAUCGGGAAACAUAGCUGUCAGUCCCAAGCUCGAGGCCCACCUUCAGCAGUUCAAGGGUCGGAAGAUCGAGGCUGCGGAUCUGAAAACGAUUGCUGAGAAAUUCGUGAGGCAGAAGCCAGUGUUUCCGGAGCCCAAAGCCACGUUGUUCAGUUCCCUCGUUCGAGACUACGUCGAGCCCCCGAAAGCUGAAGAAAAAAUUCCCAGAAUUUCUGAUGGAAAAGAAAGGGCAAGAAUCGACUUGUCGCAAGUUAAAAUUGAGGGUAAGAGGGUGAAUUUCGAUACAUUCGUGGAAAAAACUGUUGGAACACUUUCUAGGGCUGAUAAUUUGAGUCCAGAGCUUCAAUUACUGGUUGAUGAGUACAAGAAGAAGAAGGAUGAGGAGGCAUUGGGGAAUUCUGACACCUCAGGGGCAGAGGUUGAAGGAAUGAAGGUCGAAAAUACGAAGGGAAGAGGUUCGUUUGAGGCGAAGAAAGACGGAAAAAUCGGGAUGAAGAGGGAAAAUAUUUUUAGUAAAGGGGAAUCAUCGACUGGUGAAUUUAGAAAGGGGAGAGAUGGGAAAACAGCUUCAUUGGAACGAAAAGAAAGGGAAACCGUUGUAAUGGUAGGUAAAAGUCCUCAAGCCUUAUCGAAUAGCGGACCGAAAUACUCUCCAGAUGAGGAAGAAGUAGCUUCAUUUGAGGAUGAAAGGAUAAAUUUUGAAAUGGAAGAGGAAAAACCCCCGGAAUCUCGACUAGACCUGAACGUUGAGGGGAUGAAGGGAGUGGGGGAGGUGAAGCAGGAGAAAGUUGUGCAUGUGGAUGUACCGAAAUUGAAUUCAGAACAGGAUAGCUUAGCGACUGGAAUCGUCGAGUGGAAGAAGAAGGAAGUGAGUGGCCCUGAGGACUACCCCAAGUUCAUUAAAAUCCCGAAGGACAAGGCGCAGAAGCAGAUUACUUUCAGGGUUCAGGAUCGCUAUUACGAUUGUGAUGGCGAAUUUUUGUACAGAGUUCCUGGGUUGAAGCCCGUGUAGAAAUCAUUUUUAAUAAAAAUGUACAUAAUUUAGGAAGAAUGAAUUUUUUAUUAUUUUCGUCCACUGUUUUUGGAAUAAAAUAUAAAACAUUCGGCAAUUGCUGUAUUUUAUUAUCAUAUUAUUAUAGCAUGUAUGAAGAAAUUUAAUAGAAAAACCUAGCAUUUUCCUUAAGAAAUUCUAUUGAACAGCAGAAAAUCCUCCUGAGAUGAGGUAGGAGUAGUUUCAUUUGAA